AUGGCAACGCCUUAUAGAGAGAAAAUUGAAAAAAUGAGUUCAGAGGUUAUUGAUAGUAACCCAUACUCAAGAUUAAUGGCAUUAAAGAAAAUGGGUAUUGUUAAUAAUUAUGAAAAUAUUAGAAAUUUAUCAGUUAUAAUUGUUGGAUUAGGCGGUAUUGGUAGUGUUGCAGCAGAAAUGUUAACAAGAUGUGGUAUUGGUAAAUUAUUAUUAUUUGACUAUGAUACUGUUGAAAUUGCAAAUAUGAAUAGAUUAUUUUUUAGACCUGAACAAUCUGGUAAGAGUAAAACUAUGGCAGCACAAGAAACUUUAUCAUCAAUUAAUCCAGAUGUUCAAUUUGAGUCACAUAAUUAUAAUAUCACCACCAUUGAUAAUUUCGAGCAUUUCAAAGGACGUAUUGAAAAGGGUGGUUUGGUAGAAGGUGAGCCUGUGGAUUUAGUAUUGGGAUGUGUUGAUAAUUUCGAAGCACGUACAGCAAUAAAUCAAGCAUGUUUAGAAUUGGGUAAAAGUUGGAUGGAGAGUGGUGUAUCAGAGAAUGCAAUCUCUGGUCAUAUCCAAUUGAUCAUACCUGGUGAAAGUGCUUGUUUCCAAUGUGUACCACCAUUGAUUGUUGCAAGUGGUAUCGAUGAACGUACAUUAAAACGUGAGGGUGUUUGUGCAGCUUCGCUACCAACAACUAUGGGUAUAGUUGCAGGUAUGUUGGUUCAAAAUACUCUCAAAUAUUUAUUAAAAUUUGGUGAAGUCUCUUCAUUAUUAGGUUAUAAUGCAUUAUUAGAUUACUUUCCAAAAGAUAACAUGAAACCUAAUCCAGAAUGUUCAAAUUCAUUUUGUAUUAUUCAUCAACAAAAAUAUAAAGAAUUUUUAAAAAAUAAUCCAAAAGAAAAUUUAAUUCAAAAUAAUAAUAAUAAUAAUAUUAAUAAUAAUGAAAAGAAAUCUACAUAUGAAAAUGAAUGGGGUAUUGAAUUAAUUGAAACUUCUGAAGAUUUUAAUAAUAAUAAUAAUAAUAAUAACAAACCUUCAAAUAAUUCAUUCGAAUUUUCUUAUGAUAAAAAACCAACUGUAGAAUUAAAUGAACAAUCAACUGUGAAAGUAAACUCAUCUUCAAAUCUUGAAGAUUUAAUGAAUCAAUUAAAAAAUAUGAAAUAA